AUGCUAGAUUAUCUCCGUCUCAAGAUAUGGGCAACGCUCGUUCGUCUGAUCUUUUGGUGGAAACGCCCUGCCAUACAUGGAAAACCAGAUGAGAUUCUUCAGGUGCCAAGUCGCGACCUGGGGAGAACAAUCAAAGCCAACUUCUAUCAUUCAAAGUCCAACAAGCCAUCUCCUGUCCUAAUAAACUUCCAUGGGAGCGGUUUCACCGUACCCUGGCAUGGCACCGACAAUGAAUUUGCUCGCCAAGUCGUUCAAACAACGGAAUACGCCGUCCUGGAUGUCGCCUAUCGACUUGCCCCAGAAAACCCCUUUCCCGCCGCGAUUCAUGACGUUGAAGACGUGGUCAAAUGGGUGAUUGCGAACGAGCAGGAUUUCAAUACGUCCCGUGUCUCUAUCUCCGGUUUCAGUGCCGGCGCAAAUUUAGCUCUUGUGACCAGUACCCAACUGUUCCCCUUGGGAACCUUUCGGCACGUUCUAUGCUUCUAUCCACCAACCGAUCUAGCCCAAGAUCAUUACACCAAGGUCCCACCAGACGCAAAUGGAAAUCCCCUUCCCCCGUGGAUGUUGACCGUUUUCACCGAAUGUUAUGCGUCGGGCCUGGACUGGACAGAUCCCAGAAUAUCUCCGCUCAAUGCUGCUGGUAAAAGCUUCCAGCGAAAUACGUUGGUUAUCACCUGCGCUUACGACAAUCUUUGUGCCGAGGGGGAGGCUUUGGUUCAAAAAAUACGUGACGCUCAGGGUUUUGAGGCUGUGGUUCAUCGCAGGAUGGAGGAGUGUGAUCAUGCUUGGGAUAAAUCAUACCUUCCAGGGUCUCCUCAGGAGAAGGCUAAAGACGAGGCCUACGACUUGGCCAUGGAACUAUUGAGAAGAUAG